AUGGGCAAAGAUGACAACUCUUUUCUCCUGCAGCAGAAGUACAGCCAGACCUCCUGUUUCUGGGAAAAACAACCCUCAGGCUGUUUGAGGAUCGGUUGUGCCUUCCAGCACAGCCAAGCUCGAAAUAUAAAUGGACUUUUCCUGCCUCCUAAUAACAAUGUGCCAUUGCAACAGGGUGGCCAAGAAAGGACUCUGCAUCCAGCACAUCUUCAAGAAUCACUCAGAAACCAAGAGAAUAUUUCCCUACCAGUUCAUGCUCCACUGAUUAUAAGGCUCAACAAUGGUGAAGAUGAACAGGACGAUGAAGAGGAUGAUGACAAAGAGAACUAUGUUUCUAAUUGGGUGCCUAAGACUGCUGCAGAAAUUGAAGAGGAAAGAACCAUAAAGGAAAUAUGCUAUAAAACUGGAGAGUAUUACAGGAUCCAGCACCCCCACAAACACCAAUCAACAGAAACUGUGUCUUCACCUCAGGAAAAGGAAAUAUUACUCUUGGAAGCUAUGGAGCGAGACUUAGAGAAAGGGGAUGGUAAUACAAUUCCUACAACAUUUAAUAAUACAAAAAGAGGAGAGAGCUGGGAAAGGAGAAUACCAACAGAGCGUAUUCCCAGAAGAGAUUAUACUAGUUUUAGGAUUAUACUGCAAAGAAAAAUUCCUCUAUGCUCAUUGCAAUUUAUGUUUUCCUGUUUAAUUUUGGGAAAGAAAUGGUUCUGUGGAGUAAGAAACAGAUAUGUCUAUAGUAUAAUACCCUUAGUCACCAGGUACAUCGACAUCGGAGGUGAAUCUAUUAUAUGAAGUUUGAAUCUCCUGCCAUUCAUGGGUAUUUCUGCAAUGCUGUUUGUCACCUUAUCAGCAAUGCCCGUUCAGCUGUUAAAAUUAUGUGUGGGCCCAUGCUGUGAAUUGUAUCACUGAAGUGCCUGAGGAUUGAAGUAAUCCUUUUGUAAACUGAAGUUAUUUUUUUACGCCACAUUGUUUUAGUUGUUUGGUUUGCAGGACAACCCGUAGCUGAACUGACACA